AUGAUUGAUAAUUCAAACUUUUAUUUAUUUGAAAAGAGAAGAAAUAUAUCUAAAAAAUCAAAUAAAGGAUACAAUAUAUCUAUCUAUCUAAAAAGAAUCAAAAUAUUGAAUAGAAAAACAGAAAGUCCCCUUCACCUCUUUGUCACACACAAUAAACACACUCGCUCUUACCCAACUGAAAACCAUGAAUAUCCCCCAACGGCUGGUCAACUAUUACCGAAUCUACUGUUACCAUCAUCCUCAGAGUCAGACUCACCACUCAGUGUGCACAAAUUUUCAUUCAACUCAAACUCAACAACAGCAUUUUCCAAUAUAAACAGGAAUAGCAACACUUCACAACUACCACAAAAUCAUUGUGACAGUCAACAGUAUUUCGCCUUCAGAAACUCAUUAAACAAUCCAAAGAUAAUGACGUCAACAGCAGUUUUGACCACGGAAACAACAGCGACAAACAGUGUAACACCUGCAUCAAAUUCACUGUCACAAUAUUCCAGAAUUUUUAAUUCACGCACAGCCUCUGGUGGUGGCAGUAGUAGUGGUUGCACUAUUGGAAAUAACAGCAGUAAUAAUAAUGUGGAUGACAGUGCGAUUGAUAUAAAACAGAAUAUUGAAAAGAUUAAAAGUCAUCCGUUAUUCCCGCUACUUGCAUUAAUUUUUGAAAAGUGUGAACUUGCAACAUGUACCCCAAGAGAUGAGAAUUCCAACAGUUCCGCUGAUGUCUGUUCCUCUGAUUCAUUUCAAGAAGAUAUAAGUGUAUUCACAAAAGAAAUGGCUUCUUCAAAUCGACCAAUGUUUACAUCUGAACAAGAAUUGAACUUAUUAAUUAUUCAAGCCAUUCAUGUGCUUCGAUUUCAUUUACUGGAAAUUGAGAAGGUACAUGAGUUGUGCGAUAGCUUUUGUGCACGCUAUAUCACAUGUUUAAAAGGCAAAAUGCCACUGGAUUUAGUAUGUGAAGAUAGAGAAUCAGGUGCUGGUUCAACAGGUUCAGCGGCAAGUCCAUUUUUAAAUCGUUCAUCUACACCAAAUUUAUUUAAUGAUGCAGUUGAUUCAAUAAGUGGACUGCAAAAUCCAUCCACUUUAUACAGUCAUAGCAACAAUUCCAUGUAUAGUGGAUCCAUACUGUUUUCACCAAAUUCCCACCAUUCGACUGGUUCUCUUCCAGCUCCCCCAUGUACAACUUCUAUGCCUUAUACACAAGAAGCCUGUCUAUUCACUUCUGAAUCAAUGGGUUCGAUUAGAUCGCCUAACCACUCAAGCUGCAGUAUUAAUAACACUAGCAAUGCUUGCCAAUCCUAUGUGUCCACUGUAGAUAAUUUCAAAACUAUUCUGUCUAAUGAAUACGAACAUAGUCAAAUAUCAACUGUAAAUAACAGCACUAUUAAUGUGGAGUCUUCAAAACUGAAUACAGUCCCAAAUGGAUCAAUGUCGUCAUCGUCUACAUCUUCUAUGGAUUCAGCUUCACCUAACACGCAAAUGUCAUCAGGAAAUUAUAACCAGACGACGCACAGUGGAGUAUCUACAGUCACUGCGGUUGCAGUCGCAGCUGUGGCGGCAGCAGCGGCUGCUGCAGGUGGAGUUCCUACUGUGACAAAUUCAAUGGAAAGUAUUUCAUCUGACUCGUGUCCUGAUUCACAAGUUAAUUCACACUCGAAUACUUCUCAGUUUUAUAUGAAUCAGUCUCAUUUUUACAAUAUGAAUUCUCAAAGUGGAAAUAGUGAAUCAGUAUCAACAAGUAUGUUAGCAUCGGCUGUCACCGAUACUAUUAACAGCACAACUAAUAAUACACCUGUAAAUAGUACAGUAAACGAAGAUGAUAUUGACAGUACUGAAAUUGCAAAUACUGAAGACUGUGAUAAGCCUGUACAUUUGCAUACAAGUGCAGCUGAUAAUUUUCCGCAAUCACUAUAUGGUAAUUCUUAUUAUAAUCAAUAUUUUUCACAGUAUAUACGCGAUAAUAUUCCGUUGAAUACUGUGCUACCAAAUAUGAAUGAUCCCUCAAACUAUGCAGAAUCACUUCAUAAUAUUAGCAGCAACACUAGCAACAACUGUAUUCAAACAAAUCGAGACUAUGAAUACCCUAGUUCUUAUGGAUUUUAUUCAAAUUUUUUUCUAAAUUCAAAUAAUAUUAAUGCAAAUGAUCCUGCUGGUGGUUGUUCACUGCCGUUGACAAAAAUGAAUUCAUCUAGUUCAUCACCAUACCAUUAUCACCAUCACCAACAAAGUCAACAUCACUCCUCCUCUAACCAGUCACAUCAACUUCAGCAUCACCAACAGCGUCACAGUUACCAUGCAUCAUUGAAUGAACAAUUAUCUGACAUAAUGCGUAAAGACAGUUGUAAUUACACAAAUUCUGUACAUUCAUCUCAGUCAAUACCUACAUGUUCCUCGGUAACAAUGAAUUCUAUAACACGAUCUCCAGAUUUUAAUGAUCCGUAUAUAGGUGCAGGAGAUAUGUUGCAUUCUCACUCAAAAGAUUCAAGUCAUAUAAAUCGUCUACAUCAUGAGUCAAAUCAACAAAAACACCAUAAUCCACAUACAAUGCAACAUAUACACUCACAUUACCCAUUGAAUUCACAAACCUCUACACUUUCCAUAACAUCGUCGUCAUCCCCCUCAUCAUCUUCUUCAUCAUCAUUACAACAUCAUUAUAAUAUUCAUCAUUCACAAAAUCCGCAUACAAACAACUUACAUCCUUCGUUAAUGCAUAACUCACAACAUUUAGGACAUCGUGCACCGUGUCUACCGUCUAGACCAACGUCAAGAAUUAGACAUACUAAAAGCUCAUCAAUAAAUGGUUCAGUUCGUAGUGACGGUUCAAUUAAUGACGAUUCACAAACAGAGAGAAUUGGUUUUAAAUCAAAUGAAUUGGGAGCAGAAGAAACUGGAUCACAAAAAGAUGUUAUGGAGGAAUUAGAAUCUGAGACCAGAGGUGAUUUGAAGAGACAGAAAAAACGUGGAAUAUUUCCAAAAGUGGCCACAAACAUUAUGAGAGCAUGGCUUUUCCAACAUUUAACACAUCCGUAUCCAUCUGAAGAACAGAAAAAGCAACUGGCUCAAGACACCGGUUUAACUAUCUUACAAGUAAACAACUGGUUCAUUAAUGCUCGUCGGAGAAUCGUACAACCUAUGAUUGACCAAUCUAACAGAGCAGGUCCUCAUGGCUAUUCAACCACAGAAAGUGUACCACAAUGUAUGGAUUAUAUUGAAGGUGCUCCCCCCUAUUCGGCAUAUACCAGGGCAGCUCAAGCUGCAGCAGCUGCAGUCGCCGGAUUUUCAAAUCAUCACCCUUCGAACGACGUCUACUUAGCGGCCGCCGCUGCUGCUGCUGCAGCUUCAGUUGGUUUUAGUAAUGGUGUCGUUACAAAUAAUGCAUCAAGUCGAGAUAAUUUAAGUCGUUUUCCAAACGGUAGCCAUGCCAACCAAUGUGUUGGGGGAAUUCAGUCUAAGGCUAAUGCAUUGGAUUCGUUAAUAAUGCCGACAGAUUAUACACUUUCAGAUCGUGUUAACAAUGUAAAUAGCUGUUUGCCUCAUCAGUUAUAUUCAGAUGAUAUGAAUGAACUGCCUACAAAUUUAUCAUCCUCUUUGUCACCAACCUGUAAUACGUUUAUAAAUAAUCCGUUUAUUAGUUCUGGUGCAGACUGUACACCAUUGAAUAGUGCAUAUAAUAACAGUAAUACUAAUCAUCAUAGUGAUAACAACAAUCAUAUUGGUUAUUCUAAUGAAGUGCCAUACUAUCAUUCAUUCGACACACCAAACGGAUACCCAUUAAACCAUCUUUCAUAUAAUAAUUAUAAUUCAAACAAUCUACCCAUCACAAAUCAUUUUGAUACAGUUUCAACACUACCAAGUGAUUACAGUGCUAGUUUAAUAGCAUCUCAUACUACUACACAAGCCUUGUCAACAACAUAUUCGCCAAGAAGUUAUUGUUUAAAUGAUACAGACAGUAACUGUGGUGGUAUACUCAACUCAGAAGAUCCUUUAGCUCCUACUAUUAUUAACACUAUCAAUAAUAACUCAGUAAUUUACAAAACUACUAUACCAGAUGAUUCUGUUGGGGGAAUAAAUGCGAUCACAACUAUGUCACCAUCGAUAGUAACUUGUCGAGGUGAUGAUGAUGCGACAGAAACCGAAGGGAUUAAUAUGAAGUCAACUUGUUGA